AUGUCCGAGGCUGACAAAAUCAGGAGUGUCUUCGAAGGGAUAGAAAACGAUGCUUGCCACAUGGUGCUUGCCAAGAAUCCUCAGUCCAUCACAAACAUCAUCACUAUCAUGGACAUGGAGGUAUUCAGGUUCCUGAACUUUGCCGAAGAGCAGUUCGAGGACGACCUAGAGUGGCUCGAGAGGGCCGCCUUUGUCGCCCGGGAUGUAAUGAAGAUGCCUUUACUGCUCGACCCAUGUACGCAGCAAAACGAAGGAGGUGCCCGCUGCUGGAUGUUGACUCAUACGGAAAAGUUGAACAAGCUCCUGAACCCCUUCGGCAUUGACUUUGACGAACUGCGCGAAGGCAGCCUAGACUUUAACAUGAUCCGUGACGAUCCCAUGGCUCCGUACGACCCCAAAGCUGCGGUGCUCUUCUUGGCUACAUUGUGGUUUCUGCGCGAGCACCACUGUUUCUCGGGUGUCAGCCUGAACGUGUCAGUGCUGGAGCGCUUUCACCCGGUGCAGUUCCUGCAACACAUCACUUUCUCCAAGCGGAUUGUCACGGCCCACUUGACCGGCGUCGAGGGAAUCGAGCUCCCGUUCGAAGUGUGCCCUCUGGUUCGGCUGCUCGACCACACGGAGCUGCUUACGCACGUCAGCCUCGACAGGUUCUUUAAGGUCUCCCUUGUUGUGGAAUACUAUGAUGUUCGUAUUCCUCCACUUCUCCGGGACCCUUGA